AUGGAUUACAUUGACACAAAUAAAUUAGAUUCCAAUAGUGAGAUUGAAGAAGACAUUGAUGAGUAUCACAAAUCAAACAAUUCAAAUCCUCGGAAAAAUACAAGUAAUAACUCUGUUGUAAAAAAUUUGGCAUGUAACAAAAGUCAAGAAGCUACGGGUAAAAGUUUGGCAUAUAACAGAAAUAAAAAAGCUGCAGAUAUUACUAAUCGCAUAAAGAGUUGCGAGUGUUUGUUAAAGAAACUGCACAAUUCUUCUCAACAAUUGGAAAAUCAGAUUUAUGAUACUGACAACAAAAUCUUGGAUAAAAAAUUCCCCAUGAAAAGUCUCGAUGACGUAAGAGAUAUUGAACAGCAAUUAAAACAUGAUGAGACAUUUAAAAACCAAGUUAAAUCGGCACUUUAUUUCAACUCACAAAGUACUAUGAAAAAAACCGUUACGAGAAUUAUGACAACAUUGUUUACAAAUGAAGUAGCUACAAAAUUCAGUUGGACUGGACAAAAAGAAAACAAACAGAGAUUUGAAACAUUGCUUUUAUGGAAAAUAAUAUAUGGUGUUGUAAGAAGCAAGUUCAAGGAUGUCACUGAGGGGGAUGUAAGCGCACCUAUUAAAAUUUGGUUAGCUCACGCAACGGAUCGACUAAAAAACAAGAGAUAAGAAUGAUUAUUUUUUUAUAGCAUUUAAUUUAAAAUUUUAU